AUGAAUCGGAAUAAGAGAGCUGCUAAGUAUCACGGAGAUUCAAAACCCUGCACCAGUUGCCACAAUGCUUGCGUUCAGUUAUUUGGACUUGGAGCUUCUGCGAAGGUAUUUAUUAAGAUAUCAAAGCUACAUAUGUUGUCUAUUAUAGUUUUUGAUAACAUAUUUCAUUGUUCUUUGAUUAUAAAUUCAUCAUCUCGAUCUCUGACACCUGAACAACUGACGAGCCAGACUACAUACAGAUCCUACGCUUUGCCUGUCCGCACGGCGGCUGCUCUUUUUCGAGAUGCCACAGAUGAAAUUAUCUGAUCGAUUUGUAAAUAAAUUAUUUUCUUCUUGUAGUGCAAUGGUUGGAAGCACCGGGUUUUUUCAGUGUUUCGUACCUGGGUAAUAAUUCUUUAUCAAACUUUCCAUCGCGCUUACCAAAUCUAUCACUUAAACAACAAAUCCUACCUCGAAUAAUUAUAAUUUUUUUUUUUUUUCGAUGUUUUGGAUGGUUUAUUUUUUGGUUUUUAGGUCACUACAAAGAUUAACAAUGUCACAGAUCAAGACGUCAUCUGUUUGAGAGGUGAGUAUCAGCUGAAACUCAUCAAUAUGAGUCUUCUUAAUUACCUCCUCGUCAUUGCCGUCUGAUAUCGAUGAAACAAUUAUUAUGUAAAAAGCGUGAGUUUACUUAGCUCAUAUUUUUAGCGGUUAUCCAAAUGAGCUUUUUAUAUCAAAUUUUGAAUUAAUAUUCCCCCUGAAAGCUGGGAAAUAUUCCUCCCCCCUCCCCGUCACAGGGGGCAUAUUUUAAUUAUUUUUGAUUAUGUCUUGCAAAUAAAUUCGCCUUUGUAGCGGAAAUCCGGAACUUUUACAGUGUUGCUGACGAUUUGCCAUUUUCAAACCAACAAAUGAACUCAAUUUGAAAUUUCCCUUCAGGAGCUCGAGGGCCCGCAAGGUCGUGA